GAUCUUUCGUGCCUUAUAUACUUGAAGCCGUUCCCGAAUUCUCUCAUUGUUUCCUUCCUCCUUUUCUUCUUCUUUAUACAUUAUACAUUUGCCUAGUAAACGCUUCAUUGUACUCUAUUUCUCUUCUUCCUUUUUCUUCUGCUUCUCUCUUCUCCUCUCUUGGAUAUAAUACCCAGACCAUUUGAUCAAGAUGCCUGAAAUCAAAGCCAUCCUCUUCGACUGCGACAACACCCUCGUCCUCUCCGAGGAGCUCGCCUUCGAAGCCUGCGCAGACCUCAUCAACCAAAUCUGCGCCGAGCGCAACGUCCACGUGAAAUUCACCGGCGAGACCCUCAUCCAGGAAUUCGUCGGCCAAAACUUCCGCGGCAUGCUCACGACGCUGCAGAAGACGCACGGCAUCGACAUCGCGCCCGACGACCUCGAAAAGUACGUGCUGGCCGAGGAGGACGCCGUCAUCGCCAAGCUCAAGGCGGCGCUGAGGCCCUGCGUCGGCGUCGACGAGCAGCUCGAGACGCUGGAGCAGAGCGGCAAGUACCAGCUGGCCGUGGUGUCGUCGUCGGCGCUCAGGAGGGUGCGCGCGAGCAUUGAAAAGGUUGGGCAGGACAAGUACUUUCCUGGGGACGUGGUGUUUUCGGCGGCGACGUCGUUGGAGAAGCCGACGAGCAAGCCUGAUCCUGCUGUUUACUUGCAUGCGCUCAAGGUGUUGGGCAAGGCUGCUGUUGAGAGCGUUGCGGUGGAGGACAGCAAGAGUGGUACCCUGAGUGCUACGAGAGCGGGCAUCAGGACUAUUGGGUAUGUUGGCCCGUAUGCCGAUGACAAGAAGGAGGAGAUGGAGGGCGUGUUGCGAAAUGCGGGCGCCGUGGUGAUUAUGCGCGAUUGGAGCGAGUUCCCGGCUGCUUUGGCCAAGAUUGAGAAGGGCGAGGUUUGAAACUGGCUUUGUUCUUUUCUUUUUGUUUAUUCUUGCAUUAUGGGGUUUUGCCUUUUUGAGAAGGCGUGGAAUUUGGGUUCUUUUGCUUGUUGGCUUGGUUCAUACAGGAGACUAAGACAGAGACACCAACGUGGCAGGCU